AUGGCUAAAGUUGAUAUUAAAUACACUAAGUUGUUUAUUAACAACGAAUUCGUGGAUGCUGUUAGCAAGAAAACGUUUCCUACCAUCAACCCUCAGGAUGAAUCCAUCAUCACUCAAGUGGCUGAAGGAGACAAGGCUGACGUAGAUCUAGCAGUUGAUGCUGCUGUAAAAGCCUUCCACCGUUAUUCAGAAUGGCGCACCAUGGACGCCUCCCAAAGAGGCAGACUUCUAAACAAGAUCGCCGAUCUCAUGGAGAGAGACGCGAAGUAUUUAUCCGAACUUGAAACUUUGGACAAUGGCAAACCAGUGGCUCAAGCUUUCGGCGAGGUCAUCUGGGCUUCUCAUGUGGUUAGGUAUUAUGCUGGUAAAGCUGACAAAAUCCUUGGGAACACUAUUCCAGCAGACGGAGAAGUUAUCUCAAUGACUAUGAAGGAACCAGUGGGUGUCUGCGGACAAAUUCUACCAUGGAACUACCCAAUUCCCAUGUUCGUAUGGAAAAUUGCUCCAGCUUUGGCUGCUGGCUGUGUGGUCAUCGUAAAGCCAGCAGAACAAACGCCCCUCACCGCGUUGGCUAUGGCAGCUCUGGUGAAAGAAGCAGGAGUGCCUGCAGGUGUUGUUAGUGUCAUAACUGGUUAUGGCCCUACCGCUGGCGCGGCACUGACUAACCACCCACGCGUUGAUAAAAUGGCGUUCACUGGUUCCACUGAGGUCGGUCGAAUUAUUAUGAAAGGUGCUUCAGCUGUUAACCUCAAGCGUGUGACUCUCGAGCUCGGAGGCAAAAGUCCUUUGGUCAUCUUUAAUGAUGCUGAUGUUGAGAAAGCAGCAGAAAUUGCUCACAGAGCUGCCUUUGCUAAUGCUGGGCAAUGCUGUGUAGCUGGUACCAGGACCUACGUACAAUCGGGCAUCUACGACAAAUUCGUUGCUAAAGCAGCAGAAAUUGCCAAGAAGAGAACAGUUGGAAACCCGUACGAAAGCGUUCAACAAGGUCCACAGAUUGACACAGAAAUGUUCACCAAAGUCAUGGGCUACAUAGAGGUUGGUAAGAAGGAGGCUCGUUGCGUAGCUGGUGGUGGUCGCCACGGAAAUGUUGGUUUCUUCGUUCAACCCACAGUCUUUGCUGAUGUUACCGACAACAUGAAAAUUGCCAGAGAAGAGAUUUUCGGGCCAGUCCAAAGCAUUCUGAAAUUCGAAACCUUUGAAGAAGUUGUGGACCGCGCCAACGAUUCUAACUAUGGCCUCGGUGCUGGCGUUGUAACCAAUGACGUGACUACAGCUUUAGCUUUUGUAAAAUACGCUCGUGCUGGAACCGUAUGGGUAAACACUUACGAACAUGUCGCAGUCCAGACACCGUUUGGUGGCUUUAGAGAGUCAGGCAUCGGUCGUGAAUUGGGUGAAGACGGAAUUCAACAAUACUUAGAAAACAAGACUGUUACUAUCAGCCUACCAAAGAAAGCAAUGUUGUAA